CAGGCGUUGGCUAGAGAACGGACCAGCCCAGUUCCUUCCUAGCCCUUCCUUUCCGCUUCAGUCCUGGUCCAUGGCUCCCGGCUCCGGCCUCCCUGCCUUUCCCGCUGAGUGCAGGCGGAGAGCACGGGAGGCGCCCGAGGGCAGGGUCUGGGGCUGCGCGAUGCCGAGCACAUGGCUCCUGCUGCUUGCCUACCUGACUUACUUGGCACUGGGCACCGGCGUGUUCUGGCUGCUGGAGAGCCCCGCGGCGCACGAUUCCAGCGAGAGAUUCCAGCGCGACAAGUGGGCGCUGCUGCGGAACUUCACCUGUCUGGAUGGCCCGGCGCUGGACUCGCUGAUCCGGGGCGUCAUCCAAGCCUACCAAAAUGGGGACAUCGUCCUCAACAACACCACCAGCAUGGGGCGCUGGGAGUUUGUGGGCUCCUUCUUUUUCUCCGUGUCCACCAUCACCACCAUCGGCUAUGGCAACCUGAGCCCCCGCACGAUGGGCGCCCGCCUCUUCUGCAUCUUCUUUGCUCUCGUGGGGAUUCCGCUCAACCUCGUGGUGCUCAACCGACUGGGGCAUCUCAUGCAGCAGGGGGUGCACAGCUGCGCCCGCAUGCUGGGGGUCACCUGGAAGGACCCGGCCAAGGCCCGGUGGCUGGUGGGCUCCAGCGCCCUCCUGUCCGGCCUCCUGCUUUUCCUGCUGCUGCCCCCGCUUCUCUUCUCCCACAUGGAGGGCUGGAGCUACGUGGAGGGCUUCUACUUCUCCUUCGUCACCCUCAGCACCGUGGGCUUCGGCGACUACGUGAUUGGGAGGCCGUUGCUCUGGAAGAGAAGCUUUGGGACAGUUUCCUCCAAGUGCAUCAUGCUAUCACCCCUACCCUCAGAGAGGAGAGAUGUAUCUGAGGAGAGCUGAGCCCACCGUCCCCACAUCUGCCCACCUCAGAGCUCAGAGAAUGAAUUUUGGGUAUGCCCUCUCCUCUCUGUUCCCACUGCCGUUUCCCUAGUCUAGGCAGGGCUGUUGCACAUGGCUGGUUGUACAGGUUGGGCACUGCACAACCCUAACGGGUUGCGAUUCACACAGAGCAUGAUGAGCAUGGCACCUGUGGACUGGUACAGCCUCUGUCCUUGUCCUCCUUUGGCUCUCAUGACCUUUAAAAUGACAAGUGCUAUCAUGUCACCUGCCCAGCUCCUCUGAAAACCUUCAGUGCUUUCCUGCAACAGCUGGCCCCCUCCACUGACUGCCCCCCACCUUACCCCAAGGCUCAAAGGAUGAAACUCAGGAUGUGUCCCCAGUGAUAGUCCUAAACCCACAAGUCCUUGUUCUCUGAGGGUGCCCAUGCAAGGAGGGGGGAGGAGAAGAGGGAAUGGGACCCCCAACUGCAAUCUCUUUGUACCCAUGGAUCACUAGGGCUCCUAAAGUUUGGUCCUAGAUGGGAAUAGCUGACAGCAGGCUCCCCUAGAAGCUUACCUGGAGGAACCUUUAUGGGGUUACUGAGGACACACUCUGUGAGUAUGUCCAGAGGCCCCACAGCCCCCUGAGGGAAGGCAGGGCAGGGGGAGGAGGGGGCAGGCCUCUCUAGACAUGGGCAACCUGGAAAUGUGAAGCAA